AGUUCCACUUGACUGUAACUUCCUUACUCACUUCUCCCGUAUCUAGAGCUUCAAAAUUCACAAGUUAGUUUCUUCAACUUCAGGAGGAAGUUCCCAAAAGUUCUUCAAUGGCAAAUUACAGCCCACCUCACAUAACUAGUAAUCGUUUCUUUGGGGCCCAAAUUUUCUUGAGACUUUUAACCACCGGAGCCACCCUUGCUGCAUCAUGGCUGAUCCUCACCAGUAAGGAAACCGUUGUGGUUCUUGGAAUGCAAUUUGUUGCUCGUUACACCUAUUCUCAAGCUUUCAAGUUUUUUGCAUAUGCAAACAUUGCUGCGUGUGGAUUCUCGGUUUUAUCCUUGUUUUCUGUGCUACUCUUGAAGCCAAGGACAUACUUCGUCAUGUUUCUGCAUGAUUUGAUUAUGAGCACAUUAUUGAUGGCCGGAUGUGCAGCAGCAACUGCUAUUGGAUGGGUAGGGAAAUAUGGGAAUAAUCACAUCGGUUGGACUGCAGUUUGUGACCAUUUCAAAAAUUACUGCAACAGAGCGGCUUAUUCUGUGAUUUGCUCCUACGCUGCUGUCAUUCUCUAUCUCCUCCUCACCAUCAUCUCUGCAAAAAAAUCAAGAAAUGUCCAAGACUGAACUACUUGUACGUAGCAUGGAAGAAAUUAAUAUGGCAGAAAAUUAGGUAUUUGGUGACUUUUAUGGGACAAAAAGAAAUUCCGUGCCUCUUUGUCCAAUAUGAAUUGGGUAACACUACUGCUUUUGAUAUGUUAAAACUACUUUUUAGAGUUUGGGUUGUACAAUUUGCCUCCUACAUUGCCUAUA